AUGGUAGUGAAGAAGGGAAAAAAGCUAGAAUACAAGUAUUCCAUUCUAUCCUUUAUCAAUAGCAUUGAUCUAUCCAAUAAUAAGUUAUCAGUGGAGAUUCCUGUGGAGCUAACAAAACUCCAAAAACUGCAAUCUUUGAAUUUAUCGACUAAUCAUUUGAUAGGGAAGAUUCCAACAACCAUGGGGUACUUGACAAUGUCAGAAACUCUUGACCUCUAUGGCAAGAAGUUUUUUGGUGAAAUUCCAGUUAGCAUGGUUUCUUUAACAUUUCUGAAUCAUUUGAACUUCUCAUUCAAUAGCCUGUUUGGAAAAAUCCCAACUGCCAAUCAGUUUCAAACACUCGAUGAUCCAUCAAUCUAUCAAGGCAAUGUCGGCCUCUAUGGAAAGCCUUUGCAAAGUGGUUGUCCAGACAGCAGCCAAUAUGCAACUAGAGGAGAGAAAGAAGAGAAGCAUGGCGAUGCUUAUGAGAUGAUAGGCUUCUUCAUCAGCAUGUCAUUAGGCUUUGCUGUGGGGUGUUUUAGGUAG